AUGAGUAGCAAACGCCACACAGUUUUGCUAUUUAUGCUUUCACAGUUUUUUUUGCAUCUGAAUUUUUAUUAUGAAAAGAGGGACAAAUAUUUCACAGGAUACUUCGCUAAUUUGAUAACAAUAAUAGAUGAAGCUGAAAGCAUCUGUUUCAACCACAGAAUCUUUGCUUUUCCAUCUCAGUGGAAACUUCUGUUCAACUGGAUUCAUUACUUAGGGAAAAAAUCCGAAGCCAAUGCUGUAGUAAAUGAAGAAGUUAAACCUCUUUCAAUACAAGAUUUCACUUUAUGUAGUGACCUAUCCCUUUUGUCCUGCAUAUUCUGCUGGUUAGAAAGUCCAAAGUGA